UCCACCGCAGAGGUCUUAAUGUGGUUGUGUCCAAAAAUGUUACAUUCCAACAUUUUAUGAGGUUACCGAUGGCGCCUGGACUUCUGUCUAAAUAUUGCCAGGUUUUUAAAAAAUCACAAGAUUUCACUGCCACUGACAGCGGUGUUUGUUUGCUUUGUCGUUUCAAAAAGUAGCUUGAUGAGUGUCCAAAGUAACAGUGGAAGUUUGGAGGGGACGCCAUCUUGGUCCCAGAUCUCCACGUCCCUUUCUCAGCAACAUAUCACGGCAGGGGUGAAGGCCAAGGGAGGCACCAUGGAGGAGCUGCACAGCCUGGACCCCCGGAGACAGGAGCUGCUGGAGGCUCGCUUCAUGGGCACGGUCACUGGCACUGGGGGCAGUACCGGGGGCAGCACUGGCAGCACCAGCGGGGGAACCAAAGGCAUGAUGAACAAUGACUCUUCAAAUCAAAGUUUUGGAAGCCUGGGGUCCUCCAGUGACAAAGAGUCUGAGAGCUCCGAUGUGAAAAGGGGGAGCUCUCCUGCAUAUUCGACUCCUGAAAAGAAACACUCUGAAUCAUCCAGAGGAAGAAAAAGGAAACCUGAUAUCCAAUCAGAGAGCAGCCAAGGGAAGUCUAUCGUGCGAGGACCCAAAAUUAGUGAUUAUUUUGAUUUCCAAGGAGGGAACGGGUCCAGUCCUGUGAGAGGUCUCCCCCCAGUGAUCCGCUCACCCCAGAACUCACAUUCCCACACCGCGCAGGGUUCCAGUAUUAUGCAAAACAGCUCAUCUCCUACGAGUCUGUCUUUUGGGGACCAUGUGAUGCAUCCUAAGCAGUUAGCAGUCAAAUGUGUGCAGACUGACCUGACGGGGCUCAAGUUGGCUGCCCUUGAAAGUAACAAGAACCUGGACCUUGAGAAAAAAGAAGGCAGAAUAGAUGAUUUGCUUAGGGCAAACUGUGAUCUCAGGAGACAGAUAGAUGAACAACAGAAAUUACUUGAAAAGUACAAAGAACGCUUAAAUAAAUGCAUCACCAUGAGCAAGAAGUUGCUCAUAGAAAAGAGCACCCAGGAAAAGCAGGCGUGCCGGGAGAAGAGUAUGCAGGACAGACUACGGUUAGGCCAUUUUACCACUGUACGACAUGGAGCCUCCUUCACAGAGCAGUGGACAGAUGGCUUUGCCUUCCAAAACCUAGUCAAACAGCAAGAGUGGAUAAACCAACAGAGGGAGGAAAUCGAGAAGCAGAGAAAACUCCUAGCAAAGAGGAAACCCCCAUCCUCCAGCAACUCCCAAGCACCAACCACAAACUCUGAGCCAAAGCAACGCAAAACCAAGGCAGUGAACGGAGCGGAGAACGAUCCCUUUCUCAAGCCCAGCCUACCUCAGCUGUUGACUCUAGCAGAGUACCAUGAGCAGGAGGAGAUUUACAAACUGCGACUCGGGCAUCUCAAAAAGGAAGAAGCUGAAAUCCAGGCGGAGUUGGAGCGUUUGGAGAGAGUACGGAACCUUCACAUUCGGGAACUUAAGAGAAUAAAUAAUGAGGACAGUUCACAAUUCAAAGACCAUCCGACUUUGAACGAGAGGUAUCUACUCCUGCAUCUUCUGGGAAGAGGAGGCUUUAGUGAAGUUUACAAGGCGUUUGACUUGAUUGAGCAACGGUAUGCUGCUGUGAAAAUUCACCAGCUCAACAAGAACUGGAGGGAGGAGAAAAAAGAGAACUAUCACAAACACGCCUGUCGAGAGUACAGAAUACACAAGCAGCUGGACCACCCCAGAAUCGUCAAGCUGUAUGACUACUUCUCACUGGACACAGACACGUUUUGCACAGUUUUGGAGUACUGUGAAGGAAAUGACCUGGACUUCUACUUGAAGCAGCACAAGCUAAUGUCAGAAAAGGAGGCCCGCUCCAUUGUCAUGCAGAUUGUGAAUGCUCUCCGAUACCUGAACGAAAUCAAGCCCCCCAUCAUCCACUAUGACCUCAAGCCAGGUAACAUCCUGCUUGUGGAUGGCACAGCUUGUGGGGAAAUCAAAAUCACAGACUUCGGUUUGUCCAAAAUCAUGGAUGACGACAGCUACGGUGCAGAUGGCAUGGACCUGACCUCACAAGGAGCAGGGACCUACUGGUACUUGCCUCCUGAGUGUUUUGUUGUUGGCAAAGAACCUCCAAAGAUCUCCAACAAGGUGGACGUGUGGUCUGUUGGCAUCAUCUUUUUCCAGUGUUUAUAUGGAAGAAAACCAUUUGGUCACAAUCAGUCUCAGCAGGAUAUCCUGCAGGAGAACACAAUUCUUAAAGCAACCGAAGUUCAGUUUCCUGUCAAGCCUGUUGCCAGUAAUGAAGCAAAGGCCUUUAUAAAGCGUUGCUUGGCAUACAGGAAGGAGGACCGGUUUGAUGUUCACCAACUGGGAAGGGAUUCCUACCUGCUCCCUCACAUGAGGAGGUCCAGCUCUUCAGGGAAUCUGCAGCUGGGUGCUGGUGGCUCAGGACCUGCCUCCUCCAGCAUCAUCUCAUACUGAGGGCCGGCUGUGCACUGACUGACUGGCUGCACCACCACGCCUGCAGAGCCCUCUCCCCCCACCCACGCCUGCAGAGCCCUCUCCCCCCCACUGACUGACUGGCUGCACCACCACGCCUGCAGAGCCCUCUCCCCCCCCACUGACUGACUGGCUGCACCACCACGCCUGCAGAGCCCUCUCCCCCCCCACUGACUGACUGGCUGCACCACCACGCCUGCAGAGCCCUCUCCCCCCCACCCACACCUGCAGAGCCCUCUCCCCCCCACCCACGCCUACAGAGCCCUCUCCCCCCCCCACCCACGCCUACAGAGCCCUCUCCCCCCCCCACCCACGCCUACAGAGCCCUCUCCCCCCCCACCCACGCCUACAGAGCCCUCUCCCCCCCCACCCACGCCUACAGAGCCCUCUCCCCCCCCACCCACGCCUACAGAGCCCUCUCCCCCCCCACCCACGCCUACAGAGCCCUCUCCCCCCCCACCCACGCCUGCAGAGCCCUCUCCCCCCCCACCCACGCCUGCAGAGCCCUCUCCCCCCCACUCACGCCUGCAGAGCCCUCUCCCCCCCCACUCACGCCUGCAGAGCCCUCUCCCCCCCACUCACGCCUGCAGAGCCCUCUCCCCCCCACUCACGCCUGCAGAGCCCUCUCCCCCCCACUCACGCCUGCAGAGCCCUCUCCCCCCCACCCACGCCUGCAGAGCCCUCUCCCCCCCACCCACGCCUGCAGAGCCCUCUCCCCCCCACCCACGCCUGCAGAGCCCUCUCCCCCCCACCCACGCCUGCAGAGCCCUCUCCCCCCCACCCACGCCUGCAGAGCCCUCUACCCCCACCCACGCCUGCAGAGCCCUCUCCCCCCCACCCACGCCUGCAGAGCCCUCUCCCCCCCACCCACGCCUGCAGAGCCCUCUCCCCCCCCACUCACGCCUGCAGAGCCCUCUCCCCCCCACCCACGCCUGCAGAGCCCUCUCCCCCCCACCCACGCCUGCAGAGCCCUCUCCCCCCCACCCACGCCUGCAGAGCCCUCCCCCACAGGACCAGGUGUGUGGGAGAGGAGCUGCCUGCCAACCAGCGGUGUAUGGAAGGCAUUUGGACCCUGCAGACUGAAUGGUGUUGAAUUUGGCCUUUGCCUGGACUGUGCUGGAUUUCAAAUGGGUGUUUACUAAAGACUUAUUAAUGAAUGGAUGUUUAAAAGAACAUGAGUAUAUUACCUUGUGAAGGUUGAAUAGAGCACUGCUACAGACAGUACUUGAAUAAAUGUGACUGGACACUUGCUGGUGGAAGCCUUACAGGGCCUAAGGGAUACCUGGCAGCCCGCCGUUUCGAAGAAUGAACAUUGUCCUGCCGGGGUGAUUUAACUUCUAGGAGUGGACAGUCGUUUUUUUUUUUUUGUAGGUCUUUAAUGAUUUCACCAUCAAUUUGGCUGUAUGUUUUUUAUUUUCAGAAAGUGUUGGGUUUUGAGUUGUUCAAUUAGCCAUGAGAAUGUAAUUUUUAGCAUAUGUGGGAUCUGUCAUUUAGGCCCAGGCAGCAUACUAAUGUUGAAUGCACAAAAUAACCAAAUGUCAAUGUACAGAAUCCUAUGCAGGAAGAUUUUAAUGAAUUUCUUUGAGAGUACAUGUAUAUUUGCUGUACAGAAGACGAUUUUCAGAUUUCGAACUGCAGCUGUACCAUUCUGUACAAAUGUUUAAAGGCCCAGUGCAGUGAUUUUUCCCUUUGUUUUGUAUACACAUUACCACACUGAGGUUGGAAUAAUACUGUGAAAUUGUGAUGAUUAUGAUGAUGCCCUUUAGUUUAAGAGCUGUUUGACAAGACCACCUGAAAUGUUUGCCUGUGUGGUGGGAUUGAGUUUUCGCCUGCCUGCUGACAUCUCCAGGCAGUAAAUUAGUUUAUAGAUCAAUAAGAAAGAGUUCCAAACCUCACUGCUAAUAACAGCUAGUUUUCAGUUUUUCCCUUCCCCACUCAGACCACUAUCAAUUAUUUGCUUCAGAAAUUGCUAUGUUUUGUUUCUGAUCAUGUUUUCUAUUAAAAAUCUAUUAAAGGUACUUAUUUGUUACCCAGAAAUGACUUGAUAUUGAGAUAAAAAUGGCUGCAUUGGACCUUUAACAACUUCUCUUGUACUUUAUUAUUUUUUUCUCGAUUUGUUUUAAAUUUUUGCUGCUUUUGAUGUUGCUCUUAAUUUGUAGGGCUGUAUGUUCCACUCUGGGUACAAAAUGUACAGUUCUGUAAAAACAAUAAAUGAUGACGAUAAAUACCAGGGAA